AUGCGCGAAAUGGAUGUGAAGGUGGAGAACAAGGCGCAUGUGCUCACAGAGGAGAAGAGGAGAUCAUUGUGGCGCUGUUCACAUGGAGCAGUCUUAGCCGGUGUGCUUGCCGGUGUUGGCGCUGCUUUCUUCGCACAGGCACUCAAUGAUUUGACGGCAACAAUGGUGAGCGAAGAAGAAGACUGGCUAGCCUUCAACACAAUUGCCGGCAGCUUCUCUCUCGUGUGGUCUCUGGCUGAGAUGGUGGUUUGUUGCAUUGCUGCACUGGUUGCGGCCGUCCGGAUGACCCGGAUUUGUGGCAUCACGCUCGUACCUAUGGACAAGGAGCGCGCCAUGCUUGCGGGAUCACUAGCUCGGGCAGCCUUGGAGCUUGGGCAUCCCAAAGUUCGUACCUUCGGAAUUGACCCUCACAAGCGAGCCAGCAAAUUCCUGCUUCUCCUGUAUGCCUUGAUUUACAUGGGCAGCCGCGGUGUCACCAAGUUCAUCAUCAAGCUGAUUGUGAAGAAGGUAGCCCCGCGCACGUUGCUGAAGUUUGCUGAGCUUGCACCGCUGGUGAUUGAGAUUCUCAUCAAUGUGAUGUUCAAUUCUGUGACUGUCAGGUACGCCAUGAAUGAGGUGAUGGUAUGCACUCUUGGUCCAUCCGCAACAGUGGAGGUGACCAGCCAGCUUAUCAAAAAGCAUCGUCAGAGUCAUGAUGUGGAGGAGCCGUUGUCUGACGAGCUGAAGUGCUUGGCUCUGAGGGCAGUAGGUGUCUCCAUCACCUACAAGAUGCAGAUGCAUCCCAAUAGUCGGUGUUUGCUGAACCACACCGUCAGCCUUUUCAUAGAUGAUGGCUUUGUCACCCGGGCGAAGGCAGAAUAUGGCCAGAGAUUGGAUGCGGCUAAACUGAAGCGCAAGUCCACAAAGUCAUUCCUCACCAUCCCAAGCAAGGCCAGUGCAGGCGCAGAAAGCGUCAAAAGUUCAGGCGGUGUGGGAUGCAGUCACUGGUUCUGUGCAAAGCGGCCUCAGGAAAAGCCUCAGGAGUCUCUUUAUGAGGAGCUGGCAGACCUCGGUCUGGAUGACGAAGACUUAUUCUUUGAUGGCCUCGCAGGAUUGAGCCACCGAGACGCACUUUUUGCUUGCUCAAUGCUGCUGCUGGCGCUGAUGCUUGACGGUCGCAUCGGCAAGUCAGACUGGGCAUUCAUACAACGUGCUGCCAGGAGCGUCAACCCACCUUUGAAUGCGAAGUGGCCAAGUGCAAUUCACCUAAUGAACAUCUACUGUGGCGGAAGGCAGAUGACUGCAGAGCUGUUUCAUGACGUGUUCGAGACUUCCACAGAUGGAGAAGUGUCUCGAGCAACUUGCUGCGAUUUCGCGGCGGGGGGAAUGCGAACUGUGCUGAGCUACAUCAACUGCUGCUGA